AUGGCCGCCGCGGACAGCGGAGGGAGAAGGCUAGAGAAGAAGAGGCUGUAUCUGGAUCAGCAGGGUCAGAAGAUCAACGUUCCUCCACUGAAAGAGAAACUCAGCUUGGACCAUUGGGAUGAUGGGCAAGUGAAGUCAGCCUUGUCCUCACAGCGACCGCCACACAUCACACAGUCAUGGGCCGGCCAGGAUGACCCCGGUGGGCCUUGGAGAGUCAAGGACUCAGAGGAAGCGGAACAUAUCUCCUCUCCUCAAUUUGAGUCCACAGUCUCCCCAAAGCAGAGGGAGAAUGCCACGAGAGAUCGGGGGCCCCUCUAUGAUGACCCAACGCUUCCACUGGGUUGGACACGCAAACUGAAGCAGCGCAAGUCAGGCAGAUCGGCGGGCAAGUACGACGUCUACCUGAUCAACUCGGAGGGAAAAGCAUUUCGUUCCAAAGUUGAACUCAUUGCCUACUUCCAGAAGAUUGGAGACACCAACACAGACCCAAAUGACUUUGACUUCACCGUGACGGGCCGAGGUUGCCCCUCACAAAGAGAGAAAAGGCCUGUGAAAAAGGCCAAAGUGGUGAAGCCUGUUGGCAGAAGGCGAGGCCGUCCAAAAGGGAGCGGCAAACAUAGGCACGUCGAUGGCGUAGCAGUGAAGCGCGUGGUAGAGCAAAGCCCUGGGAAGCUGUUAGUGAAAAUGCCAUUAAAUGCUCUGCGAGCUGACGUAGAUGGACCUGCUGAGCUCGCCAAAGUGCCCGUUGCCAAAAAGCGCCGCGGACGCAAAAGGAAGACGGAGCAUGACGUGCAGACAGCCCCAAAGAAAAGGGGACGAAAGCCUAAAGGAACCACACCGUCAGGGAAAAUCACCAAUCCCAGUAUCAAUGUGACGCUCCCAGUAACUGUACACAUUGCAGAUCUAAGGCUAAAAGCAGUCAGGGGAAGUUCAGCAAAGUCACUUCAAGAGACAGCUCUGCCCAUUAAAAAGCGCAAAAUUAUGGAGGACCAGACAAACUCCUCAGGACCUGUGUUCUCAGAGAGCAGAAGGAGCGACAAGCUGGCAGUAAGCGCAGAGGUCAACAUGAAUGUACUAACCGAGGAACAAAAGGUUUUACACACUGACAUCCCAACUGAGAAACCAAAAUCUUCCAUGUCCACGGCAGGUAGGGGAUACGCCGCUUCUGCUGAUACUCCCUCCAACAAAUUAAGUGAAAACCACCAAACAGCCCAGCUGCAUAAACAGCAAUAUGAUCACUCUUCCCACAACCAACGCCACUGUCCUUCUCCCACCGUACCCCCUCUCUCUCUUCACCCAGCCCACGCUCAGUGGGCCGUCACCACCUGUGAACCUCAAGACUUGAGCAGGCCGAGGCCCUACCAGCCCCAGCUGCAACCGCUGGCAAAUAGGCAGGCGGUGAUCAGGCAGGACCAUACGGCCCACCGCUUGCUGAGUUUGAAGAGUCACGCAGCAGCCGCUGUGGCCACAGAGCCCAAAACCAAGCACAGGAGCGGAGGGAGGGUUGAGGAAGAGGAGGAGGAGAUGAAGAAUGCAGUCAUCGCUUCGGCAGUCCCCCGUCCGAACCAAGAAGAGAGAGUAGAGUCCAGGACCUCAGUCAUUGAGCGACUGAACUGACUUUGACAGUAAAGAAGAGAGAAGCGUGAAGGACGAUGCAGAGGCAUUAGAACAAAUUGUACAUGGUAGAUACAAGUGUAUGUAUAUGUGUGUGCAUAUCUGUAGAUAGGAUCAACAGGCAGCUUUUCCCCCGUGGUUUAGGCUGGUAGAACACUUUUUAUGUUUAUUAUUAUAUUAUAUAUCACAAUGUAUGGGCUUUAUUGAUGUUUCGCGCUUUUAAAUCAAUAAUAUUCAUAACUCUUGAAUAUUUUAAAGUGCUUUUAAAUCCCCUCUCUCGAUCACAUUUUCAUAGGGGCUAAAAACCUCAAGUGACUUAAGUAUGAAAUUCUUCACUCAUCCACAAAAGGAAAUUCAAGCACUUAUUUAGUUGUAGACAGACUUACUCAGAGCUCUUUUUUUCACAAUUUUCCAUAAAACAAACAGCCAAACUCAUGUGGCUGCCUCUAGCUCUAAAGAUGGGUGUAGCGACUCAUGUUACCAAAAUAUUGCUGGUCACCUGUGCUCGAAGUGGCAUUGGCUCGCAGCACCAGCACUUCGCACUUAACUCUUAAAGGGAAACAAUGCAGGUUUUUUUAGAUUAAUUUAUCUUAACUGAAGCCUCUGAGUCAUUGGAAUGGUUAUAUGUCUUUUAACGGGUUGAAUGGUGGUAAUCUCGCUUCCCCCUAUCGCCUGUGAGCGGAAAAAACACCCUUGCAACUAUGGACUGGCAGGCCACUGGACUCAGAGACAGAAAAUUUUGCAGCCUUGCGAUCGUGCUCGCAAUGUAUCGAAUUGCUUCUCUGCAAUACACACAUACAUGCCAGGCACCGGAACAAGUGAUGGAGUUUCAGCAUGGCAGAGCCAGCGAAAAGAAGCAGAAAGAGACUAAAUUGUUGUCAGAGGAACAGGGGAAACAAAAACUGGCAACCGCAGACUGACCGAUUGAGAAGUGUCAUAAAAUGCAGACAAACCUGCGAGGAAACAAAGAGAAAACAGAGAAAAAAUUGCCCAAACUGCAACUGCAUAGUUUCCCUUUAAGCAUACCUGCACUUUUCCUGGCAUACCGGCAGUCGUCCUACGUUUUUUUUCUGUCAUUUCUAAAUCAGGCUCCACGUGCGCUCAUAUUCGUUUAGGCUACUUUCUCUUAGCAGUGUGUGCAUCCAUGGCAAGCUGUUUUAACAUCUAAUGGCUAAUCAUCAAUUACAUAGCAAGCCAUCUGCAAUGAGAAUUAUACCUAGAAGCAAUGAAACUACAGAUAUUGAUAAUACAGUAUAUAUAGUUAAAUUUUUUAUGUACAAAACUGUCUUAUCAAUUGAAAAUAGCAGUUUAAUAUGCCCUUGGUUUAAUAUACCCUUGGUUUUGGCAUUUUGUUCCCUUUAUUUUCUUCUCAGAGUACACCAGAAUUUUUUAUUUAUGUCUUCUGAGAUGCCCCCACACCCCCCUACACGAGUUUACUUUGCAAAUAUGUAAACUUUUUCAGCCCUUUCCAGUUUGCAGGUCUGCAAACACACUAUGAUUCAUCACCAAUGUCUAUUAGUAUCUUUAUUCACCAUAGAAAUUAAGAAUAUAAUAGCCUGAUGUCUCAAUACCAGUUGAUACAUUCACUGAUAUCGAUACACCGUAUGAUACAGUAUGUGUGAAUGAUGAGUACCGGCACCUUUUUUUCUCCAUUUAAAGGAAUAGUUCGGUAUUUUACAUUUUAAGCCCGUUUUCUGU